UCCCACGUGCUCACACUGGCUAAAGUUCUAAAGCUUCAGUUCAUUGGGGCUAUCCUGGCUGUAGGUAGCGACUACGAUUAGGGGGCACCUGGCAUCCAGGCCCGCAUCCCACUUCCCACUUCCCACCAGGGUGUCACGCUCCUUCGGAGACUGGAUGACUGCCAUGGAGGACUCAUCGGAUCUCAGCAUCGAGCUCCCUCUGAGUCAGGAGACAUUUUCACGCUUUUGGAAACUACUUCCUCCAGAAGAUGUUCUGUCCACCUUGGUGGAGUCACCUAAUUCCAUGGAAGAUCUGUUUUUGUCCCAGGAUGUUUCUGAGCUUUUAGAAGUCCCAGAUGAAGCCUUCCAAGUGUCAGAAGCUCCUGCAGCCCAGGACCCUGUAACUGAGGCCCUCGCACUGGCAGCGCCUGCACCGCCAGCCCCUGCACCAGCCACUCCGUGGCCCCUGUCUUCUUCCGUCCCUUCUCAAAAAACUUACCGGGGCAACUAUGGCUUCCACCUGGGUUUCCUGCAGUCGGGGACAGCCAAGUCUGUUAUGUGCACGUACUCCCCUUCCCUCAAUAAGCUCUUCUGCCAGCUGGCGAAGACAUGCCCUGUGCAGUUGUGGGUCAGCGCCACACCUCCACCUGGUAGCCGUGUCCGUGCCAUGGCCAUCUACAAGAAAUCACAACACAUGACAGAGGUGGUAAGACGCUGCCCCCACCAUGAGCGGUGCUCCGAUGUUGACGGCCUGGCUCCUCCCCAUCAUCUUAUCCGGGUGGAAGGGAACUUGUACGCUGAGUAUCUGGACGACAGGCAGACUUUUCGCCACAGUGUGGUGGUACCAUAUGAGCCACCUGAGGUUGGCUCUGACUAUACCACCAUCCACUACAAGUACAUGUGUAAUAGCUCCUGCAUGGGGGGCAUGAACCGCAGGCCUAUCCUUACCAUCAUCACACUGGAAGACUCUAGUGGGAACCUUCUGGGACGGGACAGCUUUGAGGUUCGUGUUUGUGCCUGCCCUGGGAGAGACCGGAGGACGGAGGAAGAAAAUUUCCGCAAAAAGGAAGAACCUUGCCCUGAGCUGCCCCCAGGGAAUGCCAAGAAAGCACUGCCCACCAGCACAAGCUCCUCUCCCCAGCAAAAGAAAUGGAGAAUGGAGAAUUCUGAUGGAGAAUAUUUCACCCUUAAGAUCCGAGGGCGUGAACGCUUCGAGAUGUUCCGGGAGCUGAAUGAGGCCUUGGAAUUAAAGGAUUCCCAUGCUGCACAAGCGUCCGGAGACAGCCGGGCUCACUCCAGCUACCUGAAGACCAAGAGGGGCAAGUCUACUUCCCGCCAUAAAAAAACAAUGAUCAAGAAAGUGAGGCCUGACUCAGACUGACAGCCUCUGCGUCCUGUCCCAGUCCCGUCCUGUCCCAGUCCCGUCACCAGCAUCCCCCUCCUUGCCAUUUUAGGAUGUUAGGGCUUGUUCCCUGAGCUGGGAAACAACCCUGGUCCCUUCCGCUGCCUUUUUUACCUUGUAGCUAGGGCUCAGCCCCUUCUGAGUACUGGUUCCUGGCCCAGGUUGGGAGUGGGUUGGUAGAUGCCAGGUCUCUGCUGGCCUAGCGAAAUCCUAUCCAGCCAGUUGUUGGACCCUGGCACCUAAAAUGAAAUUUCACCCUACCCUACACCCUGUAAGAUUCUAUCUUGGGCCCUCAUAGGGUCCGUCUCCUCCGGGGCCCAUUUUCUUCCACUCUGCAAAGCCUGUCUGCAUUUAUCCUUCCCCAGCCAGUCUCCCUUUUUUUUACCCCUUUUUAUAUAUCAAUUUCUUAUUUUACAAUAAAAUUUUGUUAUCACUUGAA